GGUGGGCGGAGCCGAGCGAGAUCUGCUGCAUCUGGUACACUUACGUGAUCGCGCGGUUCCCGGGGAUGCAACCACAAAUUUAACAUCGGUUUCUUUAACGCACUGAAAUUAAAUCACGACGCCGGGGCCGACGAAGCGAUUGUUGAGGACCUGAUACACCAUGGCUGACCAGCAGAGGCAGCGCACUCUCUCCACCUCUGGAGAAUCACUCUAUCAUGUUCUGGGUGUCGACAAAGUGGCCACUGUCGAUGACAUCAAGAAGUCAUACAGAAAACUGGCUUUGAAAUAUCACCCUGACAAGAAUCCUGAUAACCCUGAGGCAUCCGAUAAGUUUAAAGAGAUAAACAAUGCCCAUGCCAUCCUUAACGACCCAACAAAGAGAAACAUCUACGACAAGUAUGGCUCUCUGGGACUUUAUGUGGCUGAACAGUUUGGAGAAGAGAAUGUCAACACUUACUUUGUUCUGUCCAGCUGGUGGGCCAAGGCUCUGUUUAUUUUCUGCGGCCUGGCUACAGGCUGCUACUUCUGCUGUUGCCUGUGCUGUUGUUGUAACUGCUGCUGUGGGAAGUGUAAACCACGGCCUCCUGAAGGACAGGAACAGGAGUUCUAUGUCUCCCCUGAGGACUUAGAGGCCCAACUGCAGUCCGAUGAGAGAGAGGCAGGUGGAGGUGAGCCCAUUGUGCUGCAGCCCUCGUCUGCCACAGAAACCACCCAGCUAACGUCCGACGGUUACCAUUCUACUUACCACACUGACACCGGCUUCAACUAAAAGCCUCACCCUCAUCACCUCCACCCCGUGGCUUGUCUCUCGCCACCCUGUGCCAUCUAGCCGAGGGGAAAAAACGAAUGGAAAGAAUCCUUCAACUAUAACUAAAAAAGCCUGUUUUUCGAGAGGGAGGAAAGCCAGCGAUGGAGCUGAAUUCUUUAGCCUAUCCUGUCCCUUACUCACGCACCACUUCCAUCACCCACACAAGAGUGGCACACAUCCGCCUCACCGUACCGUAACUUAAAAAAAGCGAGCUUAAGAAAAAAAGAUAAAAAAGAUCCUGUCGUUUACCCUGAUCUCUUUGUUGCCUUUGACCUCCGAUCUUGCCUUCCACUCGUUCCCUCGCUCCUCCAGCCAGAUUUGCUCGUCGUCCUGUGGCAUGCACUGUUCCUUGACUUUGUUAAAUGAAUUCUUCGCAGUUUUUGGGUAUAUUUAUUGACAUGAAAUGUUUGUUCCCAGUUAUAAGUACUUGAGUGUGGUUUAAAGUUGACUCCUUGAACUUGCCAUAGGUGUUCGAAGAUUAGAGAAAACAGCAGGAAUAUAUUUCACUCUUAAAAUCUUGAAUAUUCUCUUUGCAUACCUCUCCAAUCCUCCUGGUUUACCCAGAGUUUGAAUCUUUCACGUCCCCGUAGGCCAUUUUAUCUGCUUCGUGUCAUGAAAUGGAGUUUAAUUUUGAAGCUAACGACAUUCUACGUUAAUUGGGUUCUUUGGAUUGCUUCGCUCUGUUUUUUCGUUUCAUUACAGCUAUGCUUUUUUGAGAGAGAAAGAGAGAGAUACAAAUGAUGCAAUUGAUAACUUGCCAUUCCUUAGUAUUUUGCUCAUUUACAUCUGGGUGUUUGUGUUUCUGUGUUGUUCUGUGGACUAUUUGCAACAAGCUGAGCCAAAAUUAGGACUCUUCUCUGUAUGUGGAAUGGGAUUAACUGUCAUCUCUGUGUAGUUUGUAGGUUGUUCAUUGAUGUGGGAACUCCGCUUUGGUCUUAGUGUUAAGCUCAAUUUGGCCCAGUUGUGUCUCUUUUCUCUAAUCAAAAGGGAAUCGCGGAUGCAAACUGAUAUAAACUCCCAUAGUGUCAUAUCUUGAGUGUGUACGUAAGGUGGAAACUAAAACCGAUGACGUUUUUGUAUAGAUAUACAAUCUACACACAUCACGUGUAUAUACAAAAUAUAUAUAUAUAUAUUUUGGGCAUUUUUAUAUUUUAGUUGUUGGCUCAUAUAGUUAAGAUAACUAUUGUUUGUGUCUGUGGUUACUUGAGACUCCCUAUGCCAAGAUAUACUGUAUAUUGUGAGAUACAUUUUUGAAGUUUCUUUGCAGUUUUGCGGGUUCUUUGUUUCUCAUAUUAUUUAUUGAAGUGGCAAAACUCUUUUUAACACUACUAGCAUACACGCUCAAAGUCCAAUCUCAAAGCUUGAAAGGGCAAUUUAUAUAUUUUACGUAAAUAAUAUAAAGCCUGUUUAGGACAUUUCUCGAAUGUUUUUGAUUUUGUCUUGGCAUUUUAAAAUAAAUUAGCAUAAGUAAUUAGAGGUAGUAAAAUAAUAAAUAUGUAAUUUUUUAUAAUUGGAUUUUGUUUCUCCUCAGUAUUAAGGAUGGAGAGAAAUAUACUUAAUUGUCAUGAAAAUAAUUCUAAAAAUCUUAAUUGUCUUAAAAACAGGCUUUUUUUCUUCCUUUUUUUGGACCUGGCAAAUUCUUUCUCUUUCUGAGGACAGAGUUCACAAUAAAGCAAAUGCAAGACUAAGUGAGGUUUUUUUUCGAAGUUAAAUUUUCCUUCAUUCUGUGAAGUUGAAUACCAGUAGAUUGAACAAACGUGCAGUCUUAAGCCUGUAAUACAACAUACAGCUUUUAAAAUCGGUACAGAUUUUAUAACUCUAGACAUCAUACAUGUGUCGACUUUGUAAAUCGUUAACUGGGCAUCACUAAACAACUGAUGAUCACUCACUACCAGACCUUCAAGUCAUUCCAAUCACAAACAAACUAGGAGACGCGUGACAAUUGAAAACAAAAUGUGUUAAAAAAUCAUUUUGAAAUAUCAAAAAUGUUUGAUAUCCUCCGACUGCAUGGAAUCAAACAAAAUCGUAGACUGUGAUCAUCAUACACUACAUGAUUUUCUGUGAAAUCUGUCAACUAAAAUCUUCGAAUACUUAAGCGUUUAUUUGAUAGAUUCCCCUUUGAGCAGUCUCAUAGAUGUGAGAUUAAUUAAUUAAACCAUAAAACUAUUUUUGUGUCAUAAAGACUAGUUUUGUGAUAGGACUUUGAACCAUCAUCGUGUUGGUCUUGGUUACGUUUAGUCUUUGUAUUUUCAGUAAAGUUGUGAAUUAGAUGAUGUGUGUCAAUGUCACUAACAGCUGAAAGACAUUGAGACAGACGGUAUAUCUGAAAGUGCUUUAAUUCCUGAUUUUAAUACCUGAUUUUCUGAAUUUGCCAUUUCAAACCUUAAGAUGACCAUCGAUGCCAUAUUAACUUGUGCUUUUUACUCAAACAUCCCUCACUGCCUGCUUACAUGGGCAGGUUUGAAUUGUGUUUGUCAUCUGUCUGUUCUUAUUUUUCCUUAUCAACUUGAACCUAAUACAAAUGUCACCAGCCAUGUUUAUUAACAUUUUCUAGUUAUUCUUCAAAGGCCAAUGAUUUUUCAUUGAAUUGUUUACAUUUCGUUAUGAAGUACAAUGGUAUCUUCGAUCACUCUUUCUCCUCUCUCUCUCUCUCUUACUCUGUUUCCCCAUUUCCUCGUUCCAGUGCUCUAGAUGGUUUUUAAUGGAUGUUAGCCUCAGUGGUCUUUUUUCCUGUGCAUUUAUCUGUAUCAGAACUACACUUGUAUAAACAGUAUGGCUUAUUCAUUAAAAUGUUGAAUUUUAAGUUGAAUGAACCUUGCUUAAAGGAGAAAAAAAAAUAAAACAUACUGGAGUAAAAUUGUCAAGAAAUUGUUGCAUAUUAUGUCUUCAGAAAGAAGAGAAAAUGUUUAGUGUAAUAAUAGUGAAAUGGUUAUUUUAUGCAUUUUUUAUUUUAUUUAUGAUCUUAUUUUGUCAUGUUUAUAAUGAAUUGUCCUUGUUUCAAAUGGUAUGUUAAAUGAAUUUGACUUUAAAACUAUGCUACCCAUAGUUCUACAGUGAAGGUCUCUUGUACAUACACUGAAUUAUUAAAAAUAAUAAUAGUAGACCUUUAUGUUGUAGCAUGGUUAUUGUAUGACUAAAAGAUAAAAACAUUUAUUUGCAGAUGUAAAAUAAAUGUUUAUGAACAUUU